AUGGCUGCACCUUCUGCAAGUCUUGAGCGGCUGCCUCUCGAACUCAAGCAAGGAAUCAUGAAAUCGCUUAGCGACGUCAGAUCACUGCUUUCAUUCAUCCACACCUGCAAGUCUCUCCGCAACGCAUUUCUGGGUAGCCCUGGAAUUGUUUCCCAUGCAGUCACUGAGAACGAAAUCGGUCAACAAUGUUUACCUCUAGCCCUUGCCCGUUUCAAGGCAGACGAAGCCGUACCGACAACACUGGCUGCGGCCAUGUCCGACGACUCCGAGAACGUGGAGAAGAACCUUAGAGACUUUUGCAACAAUUUCGUGGAGAAUCAAUGCCGUGUCAUGCCGAUCAUGCCUACGUGGUUCUCUCUUCAGCUAGCUCUCGUGCUGAGCAAGUUCCACGCUGCAGUAGAGCGACUCACGUCACUCUGUAUUGACGAAGCCGAGAUAAUUCUGACCGCUGUCGAGAGACGAAGAAUUACCAAGUGCCUCUACAUCGAUGAGAUCUCCAAGCUGUUGAUGCGCAUGAGCGCUGCCUUGGCAAGCUAUUCCGACUCUGUGUCACACGUCUUCUGGCGAUGCUUUGCACCUUGGGAACGCGAACAGGUUAUCGUUGCUCAUGGUUACUUGCUGCGAUCCGCCUGCCGAUUCUUCAAGCCCGGCGUUGGAUACGGAUUUCUCUGUGGCUAUGUCACCGAGCUGUUGUUGAAUCACAGCCUUACCAUUUUUGACCGUCUUUCCGGCCGCCCCAUCGGCCCUUUCCAGCAGCCUCGACCGCGAGGUUGUGGCCCUACUGACGUAGAACCCGACCUUUGGUACAGCACGCUCAAGAAACCGGAUGGAACUUCCCGUCGCUUCAUUGACAUACCGUCCAUCGUUGCGAAGUACCAUGACGAGGAUAGUGGUCCCGCUGACGUGUGGUUUAUCACUCACAUGUUCCGAUCCAAUGGCUACUCUGGCGCCAGAGCUGAUUAUACAACCUGGUUCAAUUCCAUACCCGAGGGUUGGUGGAACAUCUACAUGUUCCUGAGCCGGGAUGCGUGGGACGACGAAUGCCCCGGUUCACUUCCCACGAGCGAGGAAAUGGCUGAGCGCAGCGGUGCCAAUACUCCUGGAGAGGUCAUCUGA